AAAUAAACAUCAAGUUUCUGUUGUCAUUUGGCGGCCAUUUGGCGGCAACAAAGCCAACAAAAUUGAGUCCUCAACUAAGACAACAACAACAAAAGCCAAAAUCAGCAAUACCAACAACAAAUACAAUUUUCGCUACGCGGCGGCUUUGCUUAAAGUUGACAAAAUUAAAUUCAUUAAAACGGAGGGUUUAACAUUCGCAUUGCUUGCGGGCCCCAUGGGCCAAGCGGCAAGUAUGUGUCGAUUUCGUGGUUGUCGCUACAAAAAUAAGAACAAAAAUAGCAAGCAACAACAGCAACAACAACAACAGCAGCAGCAACAACAACAACAACAAACACCAACGCAUAGUCCGCAACAGGAGACAACAGGCCUGCAAUUGCGGAGCAUUGAGGAGCCGGCGUCGACGCCGCUGCAGUUGGCAGCUCGAAUGCCUGCGGAGCAGGGGGGCACAGGGUACGGUAUGAGUGAGCAUAGUCUGCUCAUUGCCACACGCACCGGUGUCCCCCUGCCGCUAUCACAGCAACAGCAACAACCCGCCCACUAUCACAACUACAACAACAGCAGCACUGGCAGCAGCAGUGUCAUCAAUUGCAACAGCAACAUCAACGGCAACAACGGCAGCAGCAGCAACAUCAAUGGCAGCAGCAGUGGCUAUGUUGCAAGCACAGCAGCCGCUUACCAACAGCAACAGCAGCAGCAGCAACAGCAUUCGUACCAUCAGCAGCAGCAGCAACAACAUCAGGGGUAUUCCCAUCCCUAUCACCAGACAGCAUCGCCACAUCAUAGUCGACCCUAUGAUCCGGAGCAUGCGCGCAUGGAGGCAUGGCUGGAUGAGAAUCAGGAGUUUGUACAGGAUUAUUUCAUAAGAAAGGCGACUCGCCAAACAGUGGAUGCGUGGCUGGUUUCGCAUGCGACCAGCGCCGGCAACGAUGUCAUCAGCAGCAGCUCACCCACGCAUCCCAAUGGCCAGACGAGCAGCUCACGCGGCGGCUCCGGCGCCACAACGCCAGUGCGCAAAAUUUCGGCGCAUGAAUUCGAGCGCGGUGGCCUCUUGAAGCCCAUUGUAAAUACGAUCGAUGGAACGCUCACAUUUUUGAGCAUUGGACCGCAGAUGGAUAAUACGAGCGGCAGCUGCGGCAAUCUGCAGAAUGUUGGCGGCAUCGCAGCCGGUCAAUAUCAGUAUCAGCCACAGCAUCAUCAUCAUCAUCACAAUCACAACAAUCAGCAUUAUCAGCACAGUUAUUAUCAGGCAGGCGGCGCUGUCGGCAGCAGCAGCAGCAAUUGUUGUACAACCAUCAGUGCAACAAGUCCUGGCGGUAAUCAGUAUGCGUAUCCUUAUCAUCAUUGCAUUCAGCGGCCGCAGCGUUUAUCCCGCAACGAGCUGAAACAGCUCGAUGAGAAGGAGCUGAUUUUUGAGCUGGUAAAGGACAUUUGCAAUGAGCUGGAGGUGCGCACAUUGUGUCACAAGAUUUUACAGAAUGUUUCCAUAUUGUUAAAUGCGGAUCGCGGUUCAUUGUUUCUGGUGCAGGGACGCUAUAGUGGCGCCGAUGGACUCAAAAAGUGCCUUGUAUCGAAGCUAUUCGAUGUCUGCCCACGCAGCACUGUCGAGGAAAUGGAACAGCAGGAGGAAGUGCGCGUUGCAUGGGGCACAGGAAUUGCCGGUCACGUGGCCGAGAGCGGCGAGCCGGUCAACAUACCAGAUGCUUACCAGGAUGAGCGAUUCAACUGUGAAAUUGAUUCACAGACUGGCUAUCGAACGAAGGCGCUGCUUUGCAUGCCCAUCAAGGAUUCGGGGGGUGAUGUGAUUGGCGUGGCGCAGGUGAUUAACAAAAUGAAUGGCGAAUGCUUCUCGGAAAUCGAUGAAAAGGUCUUCGCAUCGUAUCUGCAGUUCUGUGGCAUUGGAUUGCGCAAUGCGCAAUUGUUUGAGAAAUCUCAGCUGGAAAUUAAACGGAAUCAGGUGUUGCUCGAUUUGGCGCGCAUGAUCUUCGAGGAGCAGAGCACCAUUGAGCAUAUGGUCUUCCGCAUACUCAGCCACAUGCAGAGCCUGAUCCAGUGCCAGCGUGUCCAGAUCCUGCUCGUCCACGAAGCCGACAAGGGCAGCUUCUCGCGCGUCUUUGACUUUGAGGCCAACGAUCUGAGCGAGGAGGAGGCCAAUUCACGCACCAGCCCCUACGAGUCCCGCUUCCCCAUCAACAUUGGCAUCACUGGCCAUGUGGCCACCACCGGCGAGACGGUCAAUGUCCCCAAUGCCUACGAAGAUGAUCGCUUCGAUUCGAGCGUCGAUGAGAACUCCAGUUUCAAGCAUCGAUCCAUACUCUGCAUGGCCAUUAAGAACUCGCUGGGUCAGAUAAUCGGUGUCAUCCAGCUGAUUAAUAAGUUCAAUGAGCUGGACUUUACCAAGAACGAUGAGAACUUUGUGGAGGCAUUCGCCAUAUUCUGCGGCAUGGGCAUCCACAAUACGCACAUGUACGAGAAGGCAAUUGUGGCAAUGGCCAAGCAGAGUGUGACACUGGAGGUGCUCAGCUAUCAUGCAUCUGCCACCAUGGAUGAUGCUCAUCGGUUGCGACGCCUUCGGGUUCCAUCCGCUGUACAUUUUCGUCUGCACGAUUUUAAAUUCGAUGAUAUACACUUCGAAGACGAUGACACGCUUAAGGCCUGCUUGCGUAUGUUUCUGGAUCUCGAUUUUGUUGAGCGUUUCCAUAUCGAUUACGAAGUGCUUUGCCGUUGGCUGCUCAGCGUCAAGAAGAACUAUCGCAAUGUGACCUAUCACAAUUGGCGACACGCCUUCAAUGUGGCACAAAUGAUGUUCGCCAUACUAACAACCACACAAUGGUGGAAGAUCUUUGGUGAAAUUGAAUGCUUGGCGUUAAUUAUUGGCUGCCUGUGCCAUGAUCUCGAUCAUCGAGGGACCAACAACUCCUUCCAGAUUAAAGCAUCUUCGCCGCUGGCACAACUGUACUCCACAUCAACCAUGGAGCAUCAUCAUUUCGAUCAGUGCUUGAUGAUACUGAAUAGUCCUGGUAAUCAAAUCUUGGGCAAUCUGUCCUCAGAUGACUACUGUCGCGUCAUACGCGUACUCGAGGAUGCCAUUCUCUCAACAGACCUCGCUGUCUAUUUCAAAAAACGCGGUCCGUUCUUGGAGAGUGUGCAACAGCCGUCGAGCUAUUGGGUUGCAGAAGAGCCGCGCGCCUUGCUGCGUGCGAUGAGCAUGACUGUCUGUGAUUUGUCGGCCAUAACAAAGCCGUGGGAGAUUGAGAAGCGAGUGGCCGAUUUGGUUAGCUCCGAGUUCUUCGAACAGGGCGACAUGGAGAAACAGGAGCUGAAUAUAACGCCUAUUGAUAUCAUGAAUCGUGAAAAGGAGGAUGAGCUGCCCAUGAUGCAGGUGAACUUUAUUGAUUCAAUAUGCCUGCCCAUCUAUGAGGCCUUUGCUAAGCUCUCGGACAAGCUGGAGCCACUCGUUGAGGGCGUGCGUGAUAAUCGCGGCCAUUGGAUUGAUCUGGCCGACGAUGUGAAAACUAGUCAGGAUCAACCGCAGCAGCAGCAGCAGCAAAUUGUGAUAGCGAAUGGUGACAGCAAGCAGGCGUUAACUGAGAAUGAUGAUGUGGCUGUAGCUGUAGCUGUAGCUGAAGCUGAAGCAAGCGUAAAUGGCCUGAAUUUUGCCAAAAGCAGCUCAGCAACUAAUAACAACAUUGCCAUCGCUUCUCGCCCCAGCAGCAACCAGCCCAGUGAUGAUGAGGAUGAGGAUGACAAUGAGAAUGAGGAGGAUGAGGACACCGAAACGGAUGUUCACACAAGGAAUGGAUAUGUCGCCCAGAGCAGCCGUAGCAGCAGCUGUUUGUCCUCAAGUAGCUCCUCCACCGUCUCCAGCCGCCUCUCAACACCGCCGCCAACUGGCGAAGAUGACAGCACUCCCGUUUCACCCUCAAAGACGCUCCAGGCCCAACUGGUGGCAGCCAAUCUCAAUGCACUGACCCAAGGCAAGGCAGCGACAGCACAAAAGCAGCGCUGCAAGAGCUGCCUUCAAGUGCGGAAGACGAGCUCGCUGAAGGGAGCGCUGGAGUUAAAUGGCUGCUGCAGCAGCCAGCAUAAGGAUAUGGCGCUAUGUAAAAGCGCGCCUACAAUUAGCCAUCCACACAACCACAAUAAUCAUUACCAUCAUCAUCACCAUCACCAUCAUAACCAUUCGCAUUUGCACCACAAUCAUCAUCAGCAGCAGCACAUUAUUGGCGGCGGCAUUGGCAGUGCCAGCAUUGGCGGGAGCGGCCUCAUUGGCCUCAGCAGCAGCGCGGACAGUGAUAAAAUACCAAAAAUUGUGGGUAAAAUGGGUCAACUGGAGAGUUUGCCAUUUACAAAUGGCCACAAUCUGCCACUCUACCCACAGCAUCAGCAGCAACAACAACAACAACACCACCACCACCACCAUUUGCUGGCGCGUCGCCACUCGGAGACAGCAGACAAGUAAAAUGCCAGUCGCCACAGCCCCAACUUUUGACUGUCAUUAAACAAUUAUAAUUUGUACAUAGGCCACAUUUCUCACAUCCAUUUUGUAUAUAUUAUAAAAAAAAAAUAAACCACAUCGCAACAUUUGAGCACAACACAGUAUCGUAAACAAUACAAAACAGAUAAUAGAAAAGCAAGAAAAAAGAACAUACCAUACGCAUAAGCAAAUUGUGGCAUAGCAAUUUGAUAAUAUAAAACUAAAUAGCAAGAUUCCUAUAAAUUAUAUAUUUACAACUAUAUGUGUAAACUUAUACUUACAUUAAUGUAUAUUUGACACUAUCUGCUGUGUGUGUAACUUCAAUUUUAGUUUAGUCCAAACAUAUAUACUAUCCAUAUAAAUACGAUACUAAAAGCAAAGAAGUCAAAUUCUCUAGACACUUAAGCACAAAAUGUACCAAAAAUACAAAAAAAAAAUGCAAAUUAGUUAAUUGUUGUUUGUCAUGCGAGUUGUUGCAAAUGCGAACAACAACACGAUGCAACACGAAACACAUGAAAAGUAUUGUAUUUUGAAUGCCUAUUUGUCAUAUGCACUGCGGCAAUUAGUUGAAUUAUCUGUGGUUAGCACAAUUAGCACAACAGCUUAAGCAUGUUUAACAACAGCAGCAGCAGCAAGAACAACAACAAAAACAACAACAAACCAACAACAUCAACAAGAUAAUAUUAAUAUAUACAACAUAUAAAAUACUAAGCGCUUUGUAUUUUUCUCUAUGCGCUCUAUUCGAAUUUAAAUAAAUGUAAUUAACUAUUAUAAACAUAUGCGAUAAUAAUAUA